AUGCGCGCUGAUGAGGUACCGAUGCGAUUCCGAUUUCCUCCCAUUUCCAUACGUGGACCAGUGGCUAAGUCUUGUCUAUUUAGCUGCUCCCUUGCAUGCACCCAGGCGCAUAAGAUAUACUGUGCACCCAAGGCGCCAUCGAAUGAGGAACCGAGUAUCCCACCGACAACCGAUGCCGAUCCUUCACCUGAGAAUGAACAGGACGACCCUGAGAAUACAGGGCCGACUAACACCAAUCACCCGACCGCCAGGCCCACAGCAGUCAGUGUUGAAGCAGUGGCGACAUCAGCAGAGAUGAAGGAGCUUCUUGGCCGGUAUCCGGAACUACGCACUCAGCUACAAGAGAUGUACCAGUCAACACUGGAGGAAGAAUGGGUUGAAUCGUAUAUGGCACCCACACGGGGUCGUGGCCGUGGCCGUGGACGUGGAGGUCGAGGAGGGCUCACUGCUCGUAGCCGCGGCCCGUGGACGACGGAGAAGGGCUUCAACCGUGGUCUGGGCAGAGUCAGAAAGAUGAGGCAGGAUUGUGAGGAGGGAACGGCCACUGGACGGGCCGCCGAGGGUUUCAUGCAGUUCAUGGCGCUUAUCAGGCAGAGUCAGGAAUCAGUCUGA